AUGUCUAGAUUUCAAGUAAAAGAAUAUAGAAGCCGUUUAAUGUCAAGACUCAUGCGAAAAACUCAUGAAGUUGAAAAGCCAUGCCCAAAAGUUGAAUGUCACAAGGCAAGUUUAUCUCCUAGAUAUUCUGCAAAAUCCACAAAAAGAGUUAAAACAUGCACUUCUAUGGAAGCUAACCAAGGUAGAAGUAAACAAAAACUUGAUUUUGGAAUCCCUAUUUUAAAUGAAUCUUGCAUUUCUAUUAAGAAUCAUCAGUUUGAAGUCUGCACUUCUACGAGUCCUUGAAAGGAUUACGAAGAUGGUGAUAUGGCGAAUUCUUUUGCUUGCUAUGCAAUACCUAACCCUUUUGAGAAAUAAGCAAAAUUAUUGAAAAAAAAUUAAUUUAAAAAUUUAACCCCUUUGCUAGCCAAGAAAAUUGUUUAUAAUAUGAGAUCUCUUGCUGAUUAUAUUAAAGAUUGGCAGUAUGCUCUCUAAAACAUUUUAAAUAUAUUUUACUAGCAUGUGGAUUUCUUAAAUCUAGAAAAAUAGAUUCUUAUAUAAAAUUUUAAAAAAAUUAAUUAAAGAGCAAAAGAUCUUUCUCACUAACCAAGGCGUAGUAAGAUAUGUGACCUGAAUAAAUCAGCAUUUAAAGAGCCGAUAAAGUUAGACACAGAAAGAAAAAGGAAGACUAUAAUUAUAAAAACUAAAGACACAAAAUGAGAGAGACUAGACACUAAAAAUGAAGAGGAUUUUAUGAUUUCUUCUACAGGUGUUAGUGAAGUAAAAAUAGAAAUGAAAACACAUGAAGAAAUCUCUAAGAUUCUGACAAGAAAAACUUUUCUAACUCUUAACCUAAAAUUUAAUACAACUUUCAUCAUUAUUAAUUAAAAAAUUGAACAUAAUUAGCUUGCAAAAUAGAGAAAAUCAUAUGAAAUACAUUAUUUAAGUAUGCAAAGAUAUUAAUUUUUUUAUUGUCAUGCUAAAAUAUUUGUAACAGUCAUUAAUUGAAGAUAAGAAAAUCCAAAUGCCCUUUAUCUUUAAUGGAAUUGCCAAGUGAUAUCGGAAAAUCAGAGAGAAAUGCCUAUAAAGAAGAGCCGAAAAAAACUUCUCAAACCUUAUCCUUUUAUCGAAAAAUGGCACCUAAAUCACAAAAAGCAAUAUCGCAGCAUAAUUUAAAUCUUAUGUUAAUUAAAAGAAAAUUAUCUUCUGAUUCAGCAAUGUCAGAAAGAAUAGUAAAAGGAAAAGUUUUUGAUUUGAAUGAUAUAUUAAAUGUUAGUAAUGGAAAGAUUUCAAGGAGACAUUUGUAA